CUGCUGUUGCAUUAGCGUCGACUUCAAUUUGCUCACACAACACCCAGACUGGGCCUCUAAUCCAGUUUAGCUCUCGACCAGUUCUAAUUCCCCUCAGAGGCCUCAGAGACAAGAAGACGUGGUCAUUGUCUGGGUUUGACUUAGUCGAUCCAUCUACCCACUUGGUCGUAAUAUUCUCCCUCCCCCCAAAAGCAGGCAAGUAGGGAGACAAUGGAGAGAAGGAGUAGGGCUCAGCUGUGCUGGAGCUCAGUCACAUCUUCCUAGCUUGAGGGGAUGGGAAGGUAAAAGCUCCAACCCAGGUUGGGUGAACUUCUCAGGUGACUUGGCCUUCCACAUUCUCAAGAACGUGGCCUGGUCAGCACUGUGGGCUUGGGAGACUCUUGUACCCAAGUCCUCCAUUUUCCGUGGCAAGUGAAGCUUUGGGGUAGGGGAAGCAGCUUCCCAAGCUGAAGAGAACCACAAAACUCCAGACCCCGCGGAGAAAUGACGGCGGCCUUCUUUGCAAGACCUCAGCCAGAUCCUAAUGGCCUGCAAUUUCUUCACCGCCAUGCCAACUACCAACGAUGGGUGGCCUGAGGAAUUUGGGUUCAAGAUCAGUGGGAAUGGCCCUUGCUACAUCCUGGCCGUGGAAGAAGGUAGCAGCGCCCAGCUGGCCGGCCUCCAGCUGGGAGACCAGAUCCUGGAGAUUGAAGGCCAGCACGUCUCCUCCAUGAACGCUGAGGCGCUGGUUGCCCUGGCGAAGCAGUGCGAGAACGUGCCCCCCAGCAUUGGGGUGGUCUCGCGCAUCCAGCAGGUGGAACUCAAGCCGGGCCAAGAGGGGCGCUUUGGCUUCACUCUGGCGUGCGAGGGAGGAUGCCCCUUGCAAGUGGGGAGCGUGGAUCCUGCCUCGCCAGCCUCCGAAUGUGGGGUCAAAGCUGGAGACUACAUCCUGGAGAUCAACGGGACCCCAGUUAAGCUCUAUGAAGAGGCGGCUGUCAUGAUCCAGUCGUGCCAGGGAAAGGGCCUCAGGUUGGGGCUCCUGCGCCUUGGGCGGCAGCAGAAGUGGGCCAGCAGCAGCGUGCGGGAGUUUGUCCAAAGCGCUGAUGCCAUCCAUCAAGAGCGGAGGCAGAAGGCGCAUGAGUUCAGCAAGAAGGUGCAAGAGAUCCUGGGUGACCAACCAGAGGUGAAAGAGAAGAUGUUCACCAUCUUAAAGCAAUAUGCAGCUGAGAGGAAGGUUGAUUACUUAGCUUACGCCCUCCCCAUGAUCCUCACCAAGGACUCGCACCAUCUCCUUAUAGACAAUAUCAGGAUCUUCAUCCCCAGGAAACACCGACAGCGCUUCGACGAGGUGGUCUCCCAGAGCCUCAUCAGCAAACUGUGCCACGCCAAGAGCAAGCACUCUGCCAGUCGGCUGAGGCGCAGCCGCAGCGAGGACCACCACGAGCGCCUCCUGGUCUCCACGCGGGCCAGCUCAGUGCCGAGGAGCCACGAGGAGAACGGCAAAAGCUUGAGGAAGGCGACUUCCCUCAUCGCCAGCAAUGUGGGCUCAGGGGCUGCACGCAGGACUGUUCGUGUCUACAAAGGCAGCAGGAGCUUUGGGUUUACGUUACGUGGACAUGCCCCCGUGUGGAUAGAGUCCGUCUUGCCUGGGAGUCCAGCUGACAAAGCAUCCUUGAGAGCUGGGGAUAGGAUCUUGUUCCUAAACGGCCUGGAUAUGAGGAACUGCUCCCAUGAGAAGGUUGUGUCCAUGCUCCAGGGCAGCGGGGCAAUGCCCACCUUGGUGGUUGAAGAAGGCAUCGUGAGCUUUUCCAGUGACGGCGAGUCAUCGGAGAGCCCCAACUCCUCUUCGGCACUCACCUCCUUGCAGUGGGUUGCUGAGAUCCUGCCCUCCAGCAUCAAGAUCCAAGGGAGGACCUUCCACCAGCAGCUGGAACACCUGCUUACGCCGCCAGAGCGCUACACAAUCUGCAAAGCACUGGAGAGUUUCUUCCAGCACAGGAACAUAGACACCCUCAUAGUGGACGUCUAUCCAGUCCUGGACACCCCCUCCAAGCAGGUCAUCUGGCAGUUCAUCUACCAGCUGCUGACGUACGAGGAGCAAGAGCACUGCCAGCAGAAGAUCACCAGGUUCCUUGGCUACAAAUCAGUGGCAGCCGCAGUUGAGACAGAGGUAGAGGAUCGGCACCGCAGCUCCAUGCGGGGGGCCUCAGCGUGCCGGGAAAGUGUCCCCACCCACAGUCCUGAGGGCAGUGGAGCUGGAGGUCCCAGCGAAGCCACUGAGGUGCCAGUCCGCUUGGCUGCAGGGGAGAGGCAAGCGGGGGAUGGGACUUCCCUUCCCGAGACGCCCAACCCCAAAAUGAUGUCUGCUGUCUAUGCAGAACUGGAAACCAGGCUGACCACUGGCUUUGGAGGGAAGCUGGGCAACUUAGCCAUGCACAGGACAUCACCUCCCAUUCCAGAGCAAGGAAACCCAGCAGGUGCACGGAAGUCGGGCCUGAGCAUCUCCUGGCAGAACGACCACCCUCCACCUGACCAACCGUGCUACUACCACUCGCACGGUGGGAUCCCCUCCCCCUGCAGCACCGAAUCCAACCCCUACGUCAGCCUGGACUGCAGCCCCGCCCCGUCCCCGAAGCACACAGGCUACGCCCUCAGCCCGCUCUCCCGGAGGAAGAAGCUCUUCACCUUCUCCCGCCCGCCACGCAGCCGGGAUACGGACCGCUUCCUGGACGCUCUGAGUGAGCAGCUGGGGCACCGGAUCACCAUUGUGGAUGACUUCCUCACGCCCGAGAAUGACUACGAGGAGAUGAGUUUCCACGACGACCAGGGCAGCUACGUCACCAAUGACAUGAGCAGCGCCAGCGAGUACCUGAGCAGCAGCGAAGGCAGCUCCUUGACCUACUCCACCUUGUCUGAUCACAUCCCUCCGCCCCCCAUCAGCCCACCCCCACUCCCGCCUCUGCUGCACUCCCACGAGCCCAAAGAGGAGCACCGGAGCACGGAGGCUGUGAAGAAGACUCCCUCCUCUUCCUCCUUUCCCUCCUCCUCUACCCCCCACCCCAAGCCCCCAGACAGCCACUCACAGCAAGCCCCUCCACCUCCUCCACCUCCGCUGCCCCCUCCGGUCCCCUGUGUUCUUCCUCCGGUGACUCAGGGCAUCAUUCAGCGCAGGAACGAGUCCAAGCACAUGAGCGUCAAGCGGCUGCGCUGGGAGCAGGUGGAGAAUUCCGAAGGCACCAUCUGGGGACAGCUCGGGGAGGACUCGGACUACGACAAACUGAGCGACAUGGUCAAAUACCUCAACCUGGAGUUGCAUUUUGGAACCCAGAAGCCAGCGAUUUCUCUUCCAGAGCCGAGCCCCCUGCCAGAGUCCUUGAAAAAGAAAGAUGUGGUUGAGAUUCUGUCACACAAAAAGGCCUAUAACACAUCCAUCUUAAUUGCCCACCUCAAGCUCUCCCACAUCGAGCUGCGCCAAAUCCUCUUGACCAUGGAGAGCGACCGCCUGGAGGCUUCUCACAUCAAGCAGCUGCUGCUCUAUGCGCCUGACGCAGAGGAAGUGGAGCAGUACCACAAUUACCAGGGCAGCCUCAGCAAACUCAGCGAGCCGGACCAGUUUGUGCUGCAGAUGCUUUUGGUACCCGACUACAAGACCCGCCUGCGCAGCCUCCACUUCAAGACCACCCUGCCGGAGAAGAUGGAGGAGCUCACAGCCAGCUACGAGUGCAUCUACAACGCCUCCCUGGAGCUGAAGAACAGCAAGAAGCUGGCCAAGAUCUUAGAGUUUGUGCUGGCCAUGGGCAACUACCUGAAUCAUGGGCAACCGAAGACUAACAAAACGACCGGCUUUAAGAUCAACUUCCUCACUGAGCUGAAUACCACCAAGACUGUCGAUGGAAAAUCCACCUUCCUGCACAUUCUUGCCAAAUCCCUUAGCCAACAUUUCCCAGAACUCCUGGGCUUUGCCAAGGAUCUGCCCACUGUGCCACAUGCUGCCAAAGUGAACCAGAGAACAUUAAUGGCUGACCUCCACGACCUCCACACCACCAUUGCUGAGAUUGAGGUUGCCUGCCAGAACAUGGGGGAUUCCCCGGAGGACAGGUUUGCGACAGUGAUGGUUGCCUUCCUGGAAAGUGCUCAUCCCACCAUCCAGUCCCUGAGUGACCUCCAACACAGAGCCAUGGAUGAGUUUGGCAAAGUUUUGUCUUUCUUUGGGGAGGACUCCAAAGUCACAACCUCUGAAGCAUUCUUCGGCAUUUUUGCCGAAUUCAUGAGCAAGUUUGAGCGCGCCUUCAGCGACGUGCAGGCUGGCGGUGAGCCCCAGCGCAGCCCCAGGAUGACCCCGCCUCUUGCCUGGUGAUACAACAGCCUGUCAGCCGUUGGGUGUGGCCAAGAGAAGAUGAGGGGGCUGCAUCUCUGCUUGGCUUGAGAACUGCCGGAGAGAGAGAGAAUGAGGGACCAUCACUUUGUGCUCUUUCUGGUGCUGGAGAAAACACCUCUGUGGCACCCCAUUGUGGACCUGGAUGCAAGAGGGCAGGAAGCAGGAGUUGCAUCAGCGGCCAUUCUGGCUGUGAGACCCUCUGGAUGUCUGUGGCUUUCUACGAACUGUUCAAGGACCAGAUUUUUUUCUCCCCUCCAUUCAGGACAUGCAUUCCUUCAGCCCACCCAAUCCUAAGCCUGGCAUGUUAGUGGAUGGCCCAGGGCACUAAAUCCCUGUGGAUUGCUGUGUUUUUUUUAAAGCCCUAGAUCUCCCACUCUUUCUCUCCCCACUUCUUUUAAAGCAUAAACCUUUUUGAAAAAAACUUUGCUUAUAGGGAAACUGGACACACUGCCUAGUGCAGUACUGGCAAGACCCCAGACCCUCUCGCCAUCCUAAUUUGUAUGCAACCCAAUCCACAUAUAGGACACCAGGCCCAGAAAAUCAUGUUCGGUAUCUGAUAGCUCAGAGUAAGCCCUGACAGCAAGAGCAAGAAGUUUGGGCUUCCAUUCCCCGAAAAGUUCAGCAUUUAUUUGUAUAAAUCACCAUGUGCAAAUCCUGUUAGGCACAUUUGUAUCACAGGGCUGAUUCUGGCAACACCCCUGCCCUGAGCUGUGAGACCCAGGACACAGAGAGGGACAGGCAGAACUGCCUUUCAUUUCUCCCCUAAAUUUCAUGGGCCUUUAUGAGGAGUCUGGCUUCUAGUUUCAUCCAACCAGUUUACUGUUGCAACUGGGCAGGGCAGGAGGAGGGAGGUUUGUGCACCAAUUCCCCAAACAGCUUCUCCUUGGGGAAUUCUCUGAUGCCCCUGGCAGGUAUCUAAAGUUGCCCAGGCUGAGACGCUUUGCUCUUUCGCCUCAGCUAGUCCUGGUUGCCUUCUGGGCUUUGCAACCUGCUCCCAAAAAGGGGUGUCCAUAUCAUCAGAAACACAUCAGGCCAGUUGUCUGGGGAAUGCUUCUGCCCCAACCGGUUCACCCUGGCAAAUAAGACUGAAAGCAUCCAGGACUGAUCACUCCCUAAAGCUGCACUCUUCUCCCUGGGAAGGCUUCAUCCUCAUCUGGUGCUCUCCAUAUGUUUUGGAUGGCAACACCAGCCCACAUGAGGGGCACCAGGCCGGGGGAUGCUUGCCUGGGCUGUGGCAAAGCCUCUUUCAGCACAGCAGAGCGAGUGGAGUUGCUCAUCGCUCCAUGAAAUACAAGGAGCUGCCUUAUACUGAGGGAUGCUGUGUGCAGCCCAGGACCAAGCAGAAGCUUUUCUGUUCCCCACCUUCCCCACUUACUCUAGGUUCUCUUAGAUGGAAAUUAAACCCAGGACUUUAUUUUAUCUCCAUCCCACCACCCGUUGUGCUUCAGGAAGAAGCCACCUUCCCCAUCUAACCUUUUCUCUCCAUGCCCCUCUGGAGUAAGCAGCUUCUUGGUAGCCUUGGCCAAAAGCACAGACUCGUCACCACCCAGUGCAUUAACUACACUUGACCUUAGUGGGCUCUUGGGCUUUUCAUUUUUAAAAAUUCUUCCGUUGUUGUUUUUAAACCCUGCCCAGCUGUACCAUCCCCUUGCUACAAACUGUUUCGUCUUGCGCUGCUUCAAGUGCCAGGUAUUGGCGUCUCUCCUCGCCAUAGCUGAGCCACCCAGGUUCCCAUUUGUGGUUCUUCCAACCUUCCUCCAACCUGAUGCCCUCCAGAUAUCUUGGACUACAACUCCCAUCAGCCUUAGCUGGCGGGACCAUAUGAUGCUAGGGCUGAUGGGAGUUGGAGUUCAAAAUAUCGGGAGGGUGCUGGGUUACCAGGAAGGCUGACCAGUAACCAGCCUUGCCACUGGAUGAUCUGUGCCGUGUCCAGCUAAUCUUGUUCAAGGAGCUUUUCGAGGCUGUUGUAUGACUGUUCUGACUUGACGUUGCAAAGUGACAGAGCCAGGUCCCCCUCUUUGCUUCCAGACAAUAUCUUCUUGUGAUGUUUUUCAAUGAUUGAAGAGCUCCUAUCAAGGACGAUGUAUAUAUGCCCAGAGCUGAAUUUCCAUCCAACUUGACAUGCUCCCCUCCAAUAAAGUGAUGCUGUCCUUGCAGCAAAACCUUU